UUCCGGACCGGAAACGAGGCGACUGCUUGAGUGGCAAAGAAAUCUUCUGGCCCCGGUGGUCCAGUGAGCAUUUCGUGCACUUAGAGGAUGCUAACAGUCAAAAUUUGUACAGAUGAAUAGAAAAAUGUUUUCGAAGAUAACAAAUUUAAUCCAGCAGGCUGUUGAUACGUUUUCGACAAAUGUUACACCACAAGAAGAAUUUGUUUAUCAUUGGAAAUGUGUUACAGGAUACUUCGUAGACAAUAAAGAUGGCCGCAAGCGAAUAGAGGAAACAGCCAUUGGAGGUCACGUAGAUCGCAUGUUAGAGAUAUUGCAGCAUGAAGAGACAGAAGCUGUAGAGGUUGGAACAACAGGACCAUGUUUAGAGUAUCUGCUACAACAUCGCAUUUUGGACACACUAUGCACACUUGGACGAACAGAUCAACCACCAGGCAUGAAGCAAGUUGUACUUGCAUUCUUCACUCGCCUCUUGUCCCGUCUUCGUCAUCCUCUCUUGCCUCACAUCAAUGUUUACAGAGCUGUCCAGAGACUUGUAAAGGCAUGUGGAGAAGUGAAAGCUGCUCCAACAGAAAAGGAGGAAAUAGAAUUUCUGUGCACAGUCUGUGCAAAGAUUAAAUCUGAUCCGUAUCUUGUUAACUUUUUCCUGGAGAACUCUCCAAACAGGAGGCGAGAUGAAAAAGGUGAAGCCAUUAAAGGAGAUGCAGUUACAUCCCCUCCAAAGACUGGUAACUCUGCAUCACUGCAGUUUGGUCUGGUUGAUGCUCUUAUCACCUUAGCCCAGAGUGAGGAUGCCUGGGUUGCUGUAAAAGCUUGUGAGGGGCUGAUGUUGUGUGCCAGUCUGCCUGAACCUACUGCUGCAGCCUGUCUUGUUGAGAGAACUGACUUUUGCCAAUUUUUAGCCCAUCGCCUGGUGACUCUUUAUUCUGCCCUUCCUAUUUCUGUGACUCCUUCUCUUAUCGAAGGUGUAGAAGCCAAGUGGGGAUUUGAUACAGUUGGUGAGAAAGAAGAGGAGCAAGGCUUUGUGGGUAGGCGGCGUGUUGUGGCCUUUCUCUCAUGGCUGGACUAUGUGGACAGAGUGGCAGAGGCUGCUAACCCUACAGUAGCUAUUGCUCUUUCACGCCAAGUAGCCCAAGAGCUGUUUCAGUCACAGAUUGAGCCAGCUCUUUUGCAGACGGCUGAAGCAGGAAUCAUUGUUGCAACUGCAUAUUUAACAAGGUUCCUUCGCACAGUGUGCUCUGAAGCUUUGUUGAGAGAGCUGACUUACUUCAUGCUGGGAAAUGAGCGCACUCCAGAGAGUGUUGGUGAAAAGGAGCCUGUUUUGAGAUAUAGAUUGCUGGAGCGAUGUAACCAUUUAUCAGAAGAGGUCUGCCUUGUCACGUUACGUCUCUUCGACACGCUUCUGCAAAAAGAGGAAGAGCACAUCUUCCACAGCAUGGUGCUGCGAAAUCUCUUGGGACGAAACUACCUGAAGACAGCCGACAACCAGGAAGGUCAGGCUCCGUCGGUAGGUCAGGGGUCAGCGGCUGGACCUGUAGAAGCAUUGCCGGAAGGAGAGUCUCAGACCUCACCCACUGCCGACAGCAGCGAUCUCGCACCACACCUACUUCCUGAUGCUGUACCUCCCUCCCCAACUCGUGCUGAAGUUCAUAAAAUUGUUAACAGUUUCCUGUAUCUGCUACCUGAGGAGGCCAAAUCGUCAUAUGAAACAGCAGAUAGCAGUUAUGACAUGUAUUUGAAAGAUGCCCACAAACAGUAUGCUGGCCUGGAGGCCAUGUGUAAGGGUUGGGGAUGGCCGACUCGUGUGAAGCAGUACCCAGAAGAAUUCAAGCAGCAGACAUUCUUUGAAGGUUCCUUCCUUCGAAUGCUCUUCAACAAGUUGGAUGGGAUGCUUGAUCAGAGUCAUGCUGUGAAUCUACUGGUAACGGGACUGGCUGCACGUCUAGCUCUUAUUCCUCACCCAGUUCUCCAUGAAUUUCUGCUUGAUCCAUUCCUUCCUAUAGCACCUGGAGUUCACACCCUUUUUACAAAACUGACAAAGGUGUCCAACGACCUUCGCUCUCAUAUGAAAUGUGAACCAGACUUCUGUCAGAAGCUAUUACUGGCACGAAAGCAACUAUUAGGAAUCACAUAUAAUAUUCAAAGCUUUAGAGAAUCACUGCCAGUUAAAGAUGCUGAUUACAUGGGUGUACAAGAAAGGUUCGAGGAGCAAAGCCGCUAUGAAGCUGUCAUCGUCCUGGAAGAGUUCUGUAAGGAGCUGUCAGCCAUUGCUUUCGUCAAGCACCAUGCUGCCAUCAUCAAGUCUUGAAAACUGCUGCUUACUGUCCGUCGCCACCCCCACCCCACCCAACUUUAAAAAAAAAACUUCUUUUAAUGCAUAAUCAUUUCGUUGGAAGGAAAUGCUCGAAAUUCGCUUCAUGGUGCUCACAUCUGCUGUAUUUUACCCUUUAUCGGCCGCCGGACACUGAAAGUGUUUCGUCAAUUUUUCAAAUGGAGCCCUGAGGCGAGCCUUUUAAGAUUGGAAAAGAUAUUUCUUCAUAGUCUGACUUCCCAGAGUCAAAUUGUUCUUAGCCUCGCACCUUCGUUUAGCGCCAUGUCGUGAGAUAGGAUCUGUUGCGUGGCACAGUCAACAGCAGGUAAUGGGAUUGUUUGUGAAAGCCGUGUUUUUACGCAUCAGUUUUGUUUGCUGAGGUAUGCUAAGGUGUUACAUGUGUUAACAACUUGUCUAAGACGCCGAAAAACUGCUAAAAACAGUUAUGACCUCAUUGGUUAAUUUUUCGCGUGUGUACAUAAUAUUCUGGACCUCAUACAAUGGAUUGGCUGCUGGAGCUUACGAUCACAUACACAUUCGCAUUUUUGUUUUUGAUUUUGGCAGUGUUACGAUGGCGCAGGGGUUGUAGUUUUGUCGCGUAACUUCGCCUGCCUGAUGGGCGGCCUGGUGACGCAAUACAGAGAAGGUUGGCUGUCCUGGGUUCCGUUCUCGGCUCGGGCUCGAUGUUCUUUCCCUGCAUGUGGCAUCUGCUUACAGCGCUGGCUGCUUUGCCAUGAUAUAACCUUAGUUGCUGUCUCGGCGUAAAACACCAAUUCUCGACCUCACCUGCCUGAUGCUGGAAGAACGUUGUAAGAACUUAUAGAAAGGUUCAAAAUUAUGUUAAGUCGGAACUUUUUGUGCUCGCAGUAACGGUGGCCUGGUUUAAUGUGAGCUUGAUACAUCAAAAAAUACCAUUGUAAUAGAAAAUUUUGUGUUGCUGGUCGAAGAAGAAAUGCUAAAGAUAGAAGGAAAAUCGAGAGUAGUAGUCGUGUGUUACUCUUUAUUAGUAAACUAGGAACAGUCACACACGCGCAUGCCCGCUCGCAGGACAAGAGCCAAGGAUAUCGUCAAAGAAAAAGUCAGCAGGUAACAUUCGCUUUUAACAGGGCUGGGUCUGAUCACAAGGCUAGAGGACACCAGACGUGCCACGCUAAUCACAUUCUGCCGUCUGCUGGCUGCAGACGUGGUGCUGAUCAGCAAUUUAGUGGUAUCUUAAAAAAGUGCGACUCUUUUAGUAACACGAGAUCCCAUUCACUUUUAAUCUUUUUUGUUUUAUACUUAGUCCAUUAUAAACUUACCUUGGUUUUCAUGAUAAGCGUGGUGUAUGUGAGUGUGAACGCGCGCGUGCGCGUCUUAAGUGCAUGUCUUCCGACAUUACUGUUUGUAAGCUAUUAGCUCUAACACAAAUCGAAUUUAUGUGAUCGAUCCUCUCUUCCCUUCUCAACACCACCACCACAAUUUUUCCUCGCUAAAAGUUGAAAAGUCUUAACGGUUUUCCCCACUUUCAUUAUUGCGAAGCUCUUCCAACUGACGAUCGUUUGUCUUCCACGCUGGAUUUGCAUUGUUUUAAAACGACUGCCCAAAAGGAAACAUUGGUGCUCUGGCAGCUAUUAAUAUGGCCCGGAACACUAGGGAUGCGCUUUCUUUCUAAAGUGUUGCCGACUUUCGAAAAGUAAUUUUUUAAAAAAAUACGGUUUGCUUGCUCUUAGUUGCCGGUAUCUCAGGAUUGUCUCCUGUGACUCGCGAGUGUGUACGCGGGAGAGAGAAAGAGUGGGGUAGGGGGAGAGAAGGAGAAAGACGAGGUGUGUGCGUGGGCGAAUGAACACGCAUGUGUAAGAGAGAAAGAGGACCGUGUGUGUGGUUGUAUGUACUUGAAGAACAUUUAGUAUUUUGUUUUAAAUGCUGUUUUAAAUUUGUUUUAAAGUUCACGUGAUAACAAGGACACCACUGCGUAUUUUGCCGUUCUUGCUAUUGGUAAAGUAAUGAUAGUAGUAGUAGUAGAUAAGUAGAUUCAGUACAGUAGAUGUUAUUUGCCAAUGUACCUCAGCUUCAUCUGAUCGAAGUCUUGUUCUGCAAGUGCCAGAUCUUUGUAAAUUUUGUUUGAAGCGAUCUGUCAUGGCGGUGAUACUGUUGCGUUUAAUGUAAAUUGAGAUUGUCUACAGACGACCACAGUAAUGAAGAGGAAGAUAAUGUCGCAACGAGUUGUUGGCGAUGGAGGUCAUUGUGUGGCUUACCCAGUUUUUGUUAAACUGAACAUACUAUGAACAAAGCUUUUAUUGUAGAUUUCGCAUCGUUACAGGUAACUGGUAAUUUGCAUUCGUUAUAUCCCAUGUUUAUAGUUUUCUUGAUGCUGCAAUCCUCAUCCACGUGUUCUGAUUUCUCUACAUCGCAAAGCCCCACCGAUGCCCUUAGUUGCUGGCUCGGCUUAAAACAUCAACCCCCCCACCCACCAGCACCACCACCACUGACGCCCAAAUGUGAUGAAAGCUGAUAAUAUAUCGAUGUCGGUGUGAUGUCUGUGCUUCUGUUUGAUACUCACCUUUGUUCCCUUCUGCUUCCAGACCGCUCUUUCCUCUUACCGCGUUCAUGACUAGCUGCAGUUGACACAUUUCCCAAGUUUGUUCAUGCAUUAAGAAGCUAACAAUCAAAACAAAAAGCAAACAGAACCCAGACUCUGUGUCAACAAAAUGUCUUAUUUGAAUGGUGACGGUGAGCAUACCAUGACAAUUUUGAAUGAAAAAUCUGAGUUUAUUGGUUUUCAUCUUUUACGAGAAAACUGAUAAAAUUAUUUACAACAUGUAAUGUAAAAACGCGGGGGACUGGAGAAAGGGGAGGAGAGACAGUUGCUUGCACGCGGAGGCAUAAGCCAGAGGGCUGGUGGUUUGGAGGUUUCGUGUAAUGGAUUAUAAUCACAUAUUCAUGUAGAACAAUAUUCCAACGUUAACUCCCCGCCCCACCACUCCACUUCGACAGUUGAUAUCAGUGUGAACAUUCUGGCCGUUACAGUACGGUUUACGAAGGCGUGUAUUGUCACCACAACUAUUUGUAUAACAUCUAAAAUGUACAUGCGCGAGCAGAAAUGGUUGUCGAAAGGCAAGGACGUUGAAAACGACGGGAAGGAGAGAAAUUUUAAGUGUUUGAUGCGAUAAAGGGUCGUUGUAUUAAGUCAGAUGGAGUUGGUGUUGUUGACAUCUUAGCAGUUUACUGAGAUGUUCUAGGAAUGGUGAGAGAAAAUGUAGGGAGUAGUAAGGCCAGAAACUCGGAACUGUCCCAUUCAGCCAUAAAUAUAAUCUCAGGUUUACUCUCAUAUUUCUUACAUCGUAGUUUUAUAUUGUUCUCUUCAUGACAUUUCAAAUGAAAUUGCAUGCUAAAAGGUUUUUUUUUGGAGGGGGGGGGGUUACUUUAAAAGAACUUAUGUGAUUGCAAAUAACCAUGAAUCUGGACCUCUCUUAAGAGCACCCAGUAAAUUGUCUUCUGCUGUUUUAGCGGUGGAAACACUUUUUCAGUUACGCAGUUGAAUAUACAGGCGGAAGUGUUUUGUGUAAAAAGUGUUUGACAGCAGGGUGGUUUCCUUCCUGUUUUCACACACAUGGAAUUACUCCCCAUCCACCUACCCCGCCUUCACUCUCACUCCCCCUUUCUCCCCUAUCUUCUCGAUCGUCCCGAGGUUGUUUGUUUGUUAUUUUUGUUUUUUUUUCCUCAAGCUGUUCUGUGUAAUAAGAAACAAAAAUCGAUUUUCCCCAUUUCACACAAUUUUGGAACGAGGGUGGCAGCUUCCGCCAAAAAGGGUAGGUGUAGGGAACAUUUCGCAGGAGGUAGGCGCUUUGUUGAUUCUCUGUUAAUAUUUUCCAGACUAACCUGCUUUCUUAUCGCGGACGUGCUGCAGGACCGUGACUCGGAAAAUGUUAGGAGACAAAGCGAGCCUUGAGAUGACGCGCGGAAAGUUCCAGUGAUAAGUGUACUAUUGAGUUCCCCUUCCACGCACUUCAUAUAGACACAGCUUGCGGAUUGAUUCCAAUGUUUGAGCGCAGCGUGCGCUGUCACAGACGGCUUCACGCAGUGUCUCCUGCACAGGCAAAUGUUUAGAUACCCGUUUAUUGCUUUCGGGUAGGUGGGGUAGGUUGUGGGGAGCCGCAGGGAAAUAGGUUUGAGCUCUGCCGAAGGUCAGAGGUCGUCCCUUGCACAAACCUUCACGUUGAUAAAGCGCCUUUAUCUCUUCGUGUCAUCUGGUUAGGGGUUCAGUUUUAGGUGGCGCUAUUAAAGGUUAGUAGAUUUGUUUCAAGUUCCUGAGUAACACAACUGCAAGCUUUUGUGUGUGAUUAUGUUGGGGAAAAUACUAGUCUGUAAACAAAAAUGUUCUAGUCAAGUUAGGAUAGUUGCCAGGUUAUUUGGAGCUUAACUCGAGUCAAAUAAACGCCCCAAGUUGACUGUCAUUGGUUUUCACGAGUUAGAUAUACACAUUCGCAGCAAUGCUUUGUAGAUUUUUAAUUAUCUUGAUUAAAUCACACGUGAAUUUACCUAAAUUAGUGUUCUCACUGAAGGCCGCAGUCAACCGAGAGCUUUAAGCGUAUACUAGACGUUGUCCAUUCACCGGGACAUGAGGUCCUUGACUUUUUUUUGUUGUAAAACCUAGGUGAGAACUGCAAUAUUCAAAGUCUUGUGGCUCAUGAAGAGAACAUGGUUACAUGCUCAUAUUUUGGGAUUUGGCAUGUUAAAAAUAAUUUUAAACUGUCAACUUGAAACUUAUUUAUGUGUCAUUCCUCCAGAUCCAUUUAAAAUGGGAAAAAAAAAUCAAAGUAUGCAUUGGCAUUAGUACUUUAAUGAUCUAAUGCUUUAUUGAAUUGAGAUAUUAAAUAUGACCCGUUGUUUCAUUUUGUUUAGUUUGCUCCCCACGUACUUGACAAAUAAUUAUUUGUCUAUUUUCUGUAUGGAAACAAAGAUUUUCUUGACUGUGUAGCCUGAUUAUUCAUUAAAACGAUAUCCAUCACUAUUUUAUUCUCAACGAUCUACAUAAAUUCAAAAUAGCUUUAGCAUGGCCAAGCUUCCAACAUCUGUCGGAUAUUUCUGUUCUCUAACCCUUUACAUUUUCUGGCAAACCCCACGAGUUCACGAACUUCAUCAUCUGGGGCCACAGGACCUUCGUAGCUCCUUUCCACAGAGACUGGCGCUUCCCUUGUACACAACUCUUUCACCCUGGCAGUGAUUCCUAUCUCCUAACUACUCUGUUCAUAUUAUUCAUAUUAUUGCAUAUCUUGUCAGGAUACGAUUUUUGUAAUUGGGUUUAAGGAGAUAUCGGGCUAACAAGUCGAUUUUCUUAUGUUAAGAUUUAUUUUCCUUGGUGCCAAAUAAUACUAAGGUUAUGGUGCAAUAUUGUGGAAGCAUUUACUCGCCAAUAUUUGUAUCUCGGUCUCAGAUAAAAGCAUUGUCAGUUUUUUUCAGCAAUAGCUUACAUGCUGACCGCGAAAAGAUGAAAGAGGAAAGUUGUUUACAGAAAAAGGUACACAUUCUAUUAUAUUCAACUGCUGAAUUAAAAAAAAAAUUAUAUACGA